ACCACAGAUCUUCCUGCAGAGGACAGGACAGCUAACCAGAAUGUGACUUGCUGAGCGAUCCAUUGCCAACAGUUUUGGGGCAGUAGUGGAUGGGGCAGCACAGCCACAGCAAAUCCCCAACAGAAACAAUUGAGGAGCAUGUUUAGGUGUGUGCCAUGUGGAGGAAAUUGGGGAGAUAAAGAACAAAGGCAGAUUAUAAGAUUCACAUAUUUUUAAUACUCACUGGAAAAAUGUCUUCAUGUAGUGAUAUGAAAAAGGAAAUGGUACAGUGAUAUAGAAGAUUGUAGAUGAAGUAUAUGGGAAAAAAAAAAUAGUAACAGUGCAACACAGAAAAAGAAGCAAAAAUAAAGGACAAAAGAAUACAAAGUGAUAGAAGCCACAGGAAAACGUCCUUGACUCCUUGGUGCCAAAGGAAGCAUCAUGGCUCCUGCUAAUAUUGGUCCCCUGAAGAAUAUGCUACAAAACACUAUUGAUAAUCUUCUGUUAGCAGAGAAAGAAAUUGAAGGAAAAGUUGGACACCAUGCAGAUGAGGGAUUUCAUCUUGGUAAAUUUUGGACUGACAUCAAUACAGUAGCAAAAAAGCUUUCCUUUGACUGCACAAAAAUUUGUAUUUGUUUUGGGAAGUCUCCUGUUCCCACACCCAGUGAAACUUCAAGUCUCCUGACUUGUGUGGAACAAGCUGUGCUGUCUUUAGUCUCUGUGUUUCACAAGCUUCCUCUCACUCUGGGGAUCACCCUUCACACCCAUGUCCAGUAUGAAGUUGUGAAAGCAGUCCAAGCAGUUAAGAAUCUUUUGAAAGUUAUCAAAGAUGAAGGAGCAGAAGCAGUAUGUCGGUAUUCAACUGGUGUAGUUUGGGAAGGAUGUCAGUACCUAGAAAAUGCUUGCCUGGAUAACAAGUCAGCUGUUCUGUUGGGAAUGAAAUCACACAACAGCAUGGUAGCAGAUGCCUUCAGAGAGAUUUCAGAGGCAUUGGAAGGGGAUGGAUGUGGGUGGAACUGUCUGAUUGAUGGAAUUGAGGAGAUAGAAGACACUGACAAGUGGACAGAUGAAGACAAAGAUCUCAUUGGUCCUUCAGUCAACCUCAUCAAAGCAGCAAAAAUUCUGUAUAAACGCUUGAUGGCUGCCAUUGAGAAGAAUGGUUUGUGCAAUUCUGUUGAUGUGGUUAAGGAGCUUGACCAGCUGUAUGAAGAGUGUGGCUUGAUUAGCAGCCAAGUGGAUGUGUUGGUACAAGAUCUCUACCCUCCACUCUCUGUGUCGAGCAUGGAGGAACAGUCACACCACCUGGCCAACAGACUUCAUGCAGUUCUCAAGACUUGUGUCCAGAGUCAUGUCAUAGGGGAAACUGAACAAUCUCACAUAGAAUUCAUCCAGAAGGCUAUUGAUCAUAAUUUGGAUUGCAUGGGGGAAAAACUAAGCAAAAGAUAAAGUAGUUUUUCAUUAGCUGGAAACAUACAUGCAUCCUGAGAAUUUCUGCUGCUCACUGACAGUUAAGGGUGAAAGAGCUUGGUUGUAGGGAGAAGAAAAUCUCUCUCUCUCUCUCUCUCUCUCUCUCUCUCUCUCUCUCUCUCUCUCUCUCUCUCUCUCUCUCUCUCUCUCUCUCUCUCUCUCUCUCUCUCUCUCUCUCUCUCUCUCUCUCUCUCUCUCAUUUUAUUUCUUGUAUCCUUAAUAAGUUAAUAAAAUUGCCUUAAAUAGAAAAAAAAAAAGAUAGCUUGCAUAAACUAUACAAGAUGUCCCACAUUUGGACUUAUGCCUGGAUUAAAAAAAAAAAAAAAAUCUUUCUUUAACACAAAAACUGUAAACCUAGUUCCUGUCCAGCUAGUCAUAUGGAACAGGUACAUAUUGUGCAUCAAUAGCUUAAUAUUGAUAAUAUGAGUAUCAUAAUAAAAGACUGAAAAUAGC